GUGUCAGUGAUGGAGGGAGAUUCUGUCACUCUACACACUGAUGUUACUGAAAUACAUGAAGACGACGACAUACUGUGGAUGUUUGGAUCCAAUAAGUCUCUGAUAGCUGAAAUCAGUCGAGAUGCUGGAAUCUUCUUCACAUAUAAUGGUCCUGACGAGAGAUUCAGAGACAGACUGAAGCUGGACAAUCAAACUGGAUCUCUGACCAUCACAAACAUCACAACUAAACACGCUGGAGUUUAUGAUGUAAAGAUAAGUGGAGCUAAACUGACAUCAAAAACAUUCAAUAUUUCUGUUUACACUCGUCUUCCUGUUCCUGUCAUCAGCAGUAACUCUUCACAAUGUUCUUCAUCAUCAUCAUCUUCUUCAUCAUCAUCACAGCAGAAUUGUUCAUUGGUGUGUUCAGUGGUGAAUGUGGGUCAUGUGACUCUCUCCUGGUACAAAGGAAACUGUUUAUUGUCCAGCAUCAGUGUGUCUGAUCUCAGCAUCAGUCUCUCUCUACCUCUGGAGGUGGAAUAUCAGGAUAAAAACAGCUACAGCUGUGUGAUCAACAAUCCCAUCAGCAACCAGACCACACAUAUGGACAUCAGUCAACUCUGUCACACAUGUGCAGACUCAGAUUCUCUGAGAGUGUUGAUCUGUGCUGCUGGAUCUCUGUUGAUUUUAGCUGGAUUUGGGAUCUUCUGGAUCUGCGGGAAAUAUCGUUGUUUGGAGUCCUGGUGUUUGUUCGUGUUUGUUGUACCUGCUCUGGAUUUCUCGUCGCUGUUUCCUGUUGCCUGUCUGUUCCUGUGGAUUAUCGUUCUGGAAUUCCUCGUUCAUCACUUCAGCCACGUUGACUUCACGGACACCACACACCACGGAUCACCACAGACACCAUCACCCAUCAAAGUCCCUGUGAAUUUGGUCAUGUGGCAAGGGGAUGUAAAAAGCAAAGAAGAUGUGCUAGAUGUGGAGGAGAUCACGAUUAUGGAAAAUGUGGAGAAGGUGUUAAACCAAAGUGCUGCAAUUGUGGAGGCAAUCAUAGUGUUGCCUUUUGGGGAUGUGAAGUAA